UCUCUUGCUUCAGUCUUGCGUGUACUAGUAUAUAUACACACACUCCCUCUUUCUGUAUUUUUCCAUUUCUUUUUUCAAACAGGGCAUGUCAACAACCUUAGUUAUACCGAGUGUGUGUUUGUGUGCGCUUGUUUGUGCAGAGCUAGCAGCUGAUUUCGGACUGAGUAUUUCACUCAUCUUCCCCAGAACUAUUACUGUAUGCUGACAAGCCCGGAUGGCGGAGAGGGCAGUGCCACAAGAGAACACAGGGAUCAAUACAGGGAUCCAACAGUCCAAUGAUCCAUACCCUGAAGCCACAGCUGAGAGCCUGGACCUUGAGGAUUCGCAUCAACAGGGUGCGUGUGUGUAUGACCUGUGUCCAGGCCCCAGUUCAUCCUGUAUGACCACCAAAGAGCUGCAGCAGCACUGGGGCGCGGUGAAGCACAGACUGAAGCCGGUCAAGCUGUUGUUUGAGAUUCCUUCUGCACGCACCAUAGCGCAGCACCUGUCCAAAUACGUUGUGUACCAGAUCGUGUUGAUCCGGUCAGGCAGCUACGACUCCAAGCGCGUGUCUGUCGAGCGUCGCUAUAGCGACUUCAUCCACCUCCAUCAGCAGCUCCUUGAAGACUUCAGCGAGGAGCUUGAGGAGGUCAUACUUCCCCGGAAACUCCUAACUGGAAAUUUUAACCCCGAGACCAUCUGGGAACGCCGCCUGGCUCUGCGGGACUACCUGGCCCAGCUCUAUGCAGUCCGUUGCGUCCGACAUUCCCACCACUUCCUGGAUUUCUUCACUGAGCCCGAGCAAAGACGAGCGCACGGCCUGCUCCGAGCAGGGCAGUUUGGGCCAGCUGUCGCUCUACUAGAGACUGUCCUGGAGCUUCAGGAGAAGAUGGGAGGGUGGCAGAGUCCUGUUCUGCUGGUGCCUACGCUGUGUGCCCUCACAGUGUGCCAGAGAGACCUGGAAGAGCCGGAGUCUGCGUUCACCAUGGGCCAGAGGGCGCUGCCCACGGUAAGGCGCUAUGGGCUGAAGCGCUAUAGAGGGCCACUGCUGGAGAUGAUGGUGGAUCUGGGAUACCAGUUAGGGCGACCUGUGGCUCAGCUGCAGGAGGAGUUGGUUCAAGUUAGGGAUGCAGAGAGGGGACUGGUGUCUUUUCGCUCCCUUAAGGAAUUGGUGGUGCAGGAGUUUACCUAGGCCUGAUUCAGUUGAGAUAAGCAUGCACAACUUUAAAUUAUCCAAUGACAUCAAUAGGGGUUUUGCAAACACUUCCACUGGGGAGAACAUGUCCUUUAAAGUAUAGACUUUAUUCAGGAAUUCUACACCUAGCCUUCUUUACCAGGGUUGAGCCAAUUCCAUUUAAAUUCAAUCAAUUCAGGAAGUAGAAAUUCCAAUUCAAGGGUCUUUUCAAUAACAUUUAUGAACAUGUAAAUGCAGACAUGUCCCCCUGCCCCACCCAACUGUUUUCUUUCAAAACUGUAUUUUAAUAAUGAAAGGUACAACUUACAUUUUCCCACUUACACCACCAGGGUCUUAACAUAUAUAUAAGUAUCAAUCAAAAGUGUAGACACAACAACUCAUUCAAGGGUUUUUAUUUGUACUAUUUUCUACAUUGUAGAGUAAUAGUAUAUACAUCACAACUAUGAAAUAACACAUAUGGAAUCAUAGUACCCCAAAAAAGUGUUAAAUCAAAAUAUAUUUUAUAUUUAAGAUUCUUCAAAGUAGCCACCCUUUGCCUUGAUGACAGUUUUGAACACUCCUGGCAUUCUCUCAACCAGCUUCAUGAGGAAUGCCAUUCCAACAGUCUUGAAUUAGUUCCUACAUAUGCCGAGCACUUGUUGGCUGCUUUUUCUUCACUCUGCGGUCCAACUCAUCCAAAAACCAUCUCAAUUGGGUUGAGGUUGGGGGAUUGUGGAGGCCAGGUCAUCUGAUCACUGUCCUUCUUGGUCAAAUAGCCCUUACACAGCCUGGAAGUGUGUUGGGUCAUUGUCCUGUUGAAAAUCAAAUGAUAGUCUCACUAAGUGCAAACCCGAUGGGAUGGCGUAUCUCUGCAGAAUGCUGUGUUAGCCAUGCUGGUUAAGUGUGCCUUCUAAAUAAAUCACCUACAGUAUCACCAUCACACCUCCUCCUCCAUGCUUCACGGUGGGAGCCACCCAUGCGGAAAUCAUCCAUUCACAUACUCUGCAUCUUACAAAGACUCGGCCGUUGGAACCAAAAAUCUCAAAUUUGGACUCAUUAGACCAAAGGACAGAUUUCCACCGGUCUAAUGGCUAUUGCUUGUCUUACUUGGACCAAGGAAGUCUCUUCUUAUUGGUGUCCUUUAGUAGUGGUUUCUUUGCAUCAAUUUGACCAUGCAGGUCUGAUUCACGCAGUCUCAUUUGAACAGUUGAUGUUGAGAUGUGUCUGUUACUUCAACUCUGUGAAGCUGGGCUGCAAUCUAUUUGGGCUGCAAUCUGAGGUGCAGUUAACUCUAAUGAACUUAUCCUCUGCAGCAGAGGUAAUUCUGGGUCUUCCAUUCCUGUGGCAGUCCUCAUGAGAGCCAGUUUUAUCAUAGCGCUUGAUGGUUUUUGCAACUGCACUUGAAGAAACUUUUGAAAUUCUUGACUGACCUUCAUGUCUCAAAGUAAUGAUGGACUGUCGUUUCUCUUCGCUUAUUUGAGCUGUUCUUGCCAUAAUAUGGAUUGGUCUUUUACCAAAUAGGGCUAUCUUCUGUAUACCAUUCCGAUCUCAAAAGCAUUAACAAAGGAAGAAAUCCCACAAAUUAACCUGUUAAUUGAAAUGCAUUCUUGGUGACUACCUCAUGAAGAUGGUUGAAAGAAUGCCAAGAGAGUGCAAAGCUGUCAUCAAGGCAAAGGGUGGCUACUUUAUAAAAUAUAAAAUAUAUAAUUUAUAAAAUAUAAAAAUAUAUUUUGAUUUGUUAAACACUUUUUUGGUUACUACAUGAUUCCAUAUGUGUUAUUUCAUGGUUUUGAUGUCUUCACUAUUAUUCUACAAUGUAGAAAAUAGUAAAUGUAAAGAAAAACCCUUGAAGGAGUAGGUGUCUUUUGACUAGUACUGUGUGUGUGUACACAGACACACACACUCAUGUAUAUUUAUAUUCAUUCAUCUACAUUCCACCAAAAUAGAAUUAUCUAAAUGAAAACUAUCAAUGUGAAUAAUAUGAAAAUACAAUUCAAUGAAGGAAUUUACAUUUCCAGUUGAGAAUGAGGAGAAAAACAAAACAAAAUGACAUUCAACGAAACAAAAAUGUUCAGAGCAAUAAAAUAAACGUGUUUUCCUAUUCCAUUUCAAAUUGGUUGGAAAGUGACAUUUUUUGUUUUGCAUGAAAUGUUGACUGGUUUAGAAUUGGCAUAGACAUUAGGCAAUGGCAUCAAUAUACUGAAUAAAUAUUAUUUAUCAAAUUUAAGCAUUUUGUUAAAUUAAGAUGCAUGUUUGUGUCUUGGCUGCCCAAUUAAACACAAAUUCAGUGUUGAAAUGAAUGAGCAGUGAGCACAUCAAAUACAUUUUCAGUGAACAAAACAUUGUUUAGUCAUCGUUUGUUCUAUUCUAAUCACAUAGAAUAAAGAAGUUUGAAGAA